AUGCACACCAGGGGCCAAAUAGGCAACAAUUAGCCAUCAGAGCCAGACAGGAGAGGCAAACACAUAUAGAAGAAUGCAUUUCAUCGAUGGACACUGAGGAAUUAAGAACAGUCCUCAGACUAGUUUGUUCAAAGCAACCCUCAUUUAUGCUCGACAUAAUGGAAACACUGGAGGGUGGUGGACCAGAACAACCAGGUUCUGAGAGCAGGACUGCACCAAGCUGGUGCAUCUGCACUUAUUGCAGGGAGAUGCCCACUGACAGAGAAAAAGUGUGCUGUGGCAAAACAAGGCAGAAUUGUCAGUCAAGGCUACCAGAUUUCUACACAGUGGUUCUUGAUGAACUUGUUCUUGAAGUUGCCUUGAGGUACUACAAUGAUGUACUAGCUGAGCCGAGAGAUGAAAACAUCAACAGAUCUCGGAGGUAUGCUGCCUACAGACAGUUCAUCAUGUGGGUCCAUGGCAAACUUGGGGCAGGCAACAGAAAAGUCAUCCCUAGCUGUUGUGUAUGGCGGAUCAGAGACACUUUCCCAGAACCAUCGGGACAAUAUGUUGGGUAUCUGGAAGGUGUGAUGGACUAG